UACAUUUCUUCGAAUUCGUCAAAAUCGAAUGAGUAGUCGAUUUCUAUUUUUCAUUUCCGAGGAUAAAAGGAUAAGAACGGAGGAGAGCGAAAAAGGAAGAGGAGGAGGAGGAUCGGCGUACUCGGUUAUUAUGCGAUCGACAUAGCUUGAAAACGAUUAAUACUAUUGUUAUGAUUCAGAGGUACAUCAUGACGUAGUAUCCACUUCAGCGAUCUGUCUGGUAGUCGCUCGCGAGGUAGUCGUAAAGAUCCUCUCAGUUUGCGUCUGGAUUGCGCCGAAUUCACUACGAAUAGAAAUCUUUCGAUAAAGUGAUAGUGUGCGAAAUGAAUAAUGUGCGAGAAUUCAAAGUUAAAGGAAAAUAGCGUCAUGUCGCAAGAUAAUUCGGAAUCAAUCGAAUCGAUUAAAUCGAAAAGCGCGAGUCUCGAUCAUUUCGAAGACGAGAAGCGCGGGAAAAAUUGCGCGGAUGAAUUUAUAAUCGGUAAAUCGAAUAAAUCGACGCAAAGUGAUAUCACUCAUUCAAAUUGGAGACAUUCUUAUGGUCUCUCGCAUAAAUCUUAUUACGGUGGAUUGCAGCAACAACGUUCGACUUCUACGUUGCAUUUGCCAAAGCACAGUCAGUAUCAGAUAAGCGAAUCUAAUUUUUCCACUUACAAUCCGAAGAAUAACACUUUUUGCUCGACCCAAAGCGAAUUGAUAUUAUCAGCUAGGAACAGAGCCAGCAAAUAUGUCACGUUGGACAUGCGAUCUAACGUUGUAGGAACUCCUCCCUCGCAUCUUUAUCUACCUUCAAAUUCAAACAAUUACACACUUGGAGGUAACGUACAACCGUGCAACACGUGUUGUUGCUCUUGCAACGGACCACAAAAUUCUCAAACGAAUGUACCUCUCGUUACAUCUCCUUCGAUUAAUGAACAUGAUGGACCACAAAGCCUCUCCUGGAGGAGAUUGCACAUGAGCAGAGCAAAACUAAAGGCAACCGCGACAACGUCCGAACUUUUAAGUGGUUUCGCAAUGGUCGCAAUGGUAGAACUACAAAUAAAUGAUCCAACUGCGGUACCGGAAUGGCUGUUUGUUAUGUUUGCGGUUUGCACGACGGUAUUAGUAUCGGUGCACAUCUUUGCUUUAAUGAUAAGCACAUAUCUUUUGCCGAACGUCGAAGCUAUCAGUAAAUUACAAAUAUCGCGUCUCAUUACAGAAUCCCCACACGAAAGAAUGCGUGGCUUUAUAGAAUUGGCCUGGGCAUUUUCAACGGUCUUAGGAUUAUUUUUAUUUUUGGUCGAAGUAGCGAUACUUUGUUGGGUCAAAUUUUGGGAUUAUUCCUUCACCGCUGCUACUGCCAGUACUAUUAUAGUAAUACCAGUACUUAUAGUAUUCGUAGCUUUUGCCGUCCAUUUUUAUCAUUCUCUUGUUGUUUAUAAGUGUGAAACAUCGAUAUCGGAUAUAAAAGAAUUAGAGAGUAUAAAAAGAAAUUUGGAUAAUGCAACGAUAAAUCAUACUACGGUAUAACGAAUAUAAAUGGCAAUUUCAUUACAUUUUGAAAACAACGAAACUUUUUGGACAUAUUUACUCAAAUAUAUAUACCAAGUAUAUGUACAAGUUUUUGAUAGAAUAAGUUACAUGUUCCUAUUGGAUAUAAUAAUAUCAUCUUCGAGAACGAUCAUUUCUAAGCAUAGUAGUGGUGAAGAAAAUACACGUAUAAGUCUGUUUAAUAAACAUUAAUAAACAUUUAAUAAAUUACUUAUUAAACACAGCCACAAACGAAAAUGGCUAUCUAUCGUUAUAUAUAAAAACGUACAUCGAUGUACACGUCAGAAUCAAAAUUUGCAACGGGACAAAUAGGCGCGCGUUUUUAUUUCCUUUCUUCUUUGUUUUUUUCUUUUAUUUAUUUUUUGUUUUUUUUUUGUUUAAUAUUUUAAUUAUAUCUUACGGUAUUUAAUUCCUAAUGCACGAUUCAAUUUUCAAUUUUUCAUUAAACAUUUUUUUUCUUUGCCUAUCAUACGUAUGCAUUCUUUUUUAAUUUUUUGUUUGUUUUGGAUUAAAAAAAUCAAAGAAUCAUUU